GGGCCAUCCUCGGAGAUCAAGCUGCGGAAGUAUUGAUGGCCAUGUGUAUUCGGUAUCUAUAUGAUGAACGUCUCUACUUUCUCUAACUCUACGCUUGUCGCCAAAUCAAGCACCUCUUACUCAUACUUGGGCUAGGUUCACGGCUAACCACCAUUCUAGCCACUGACCGACGAUGAUCAAGGCAACCUCAAGGACACUCCGUUAAGAUAACCGCAAAGUAUUUCCAGACACUCCCUCCUCCCUCACAAUGUGGCGAGAUCGUACCAACCUUUAUAUCUCCUACCGUCAGUCAUUCGCGCAUCAUCCGGCCAAGAAGCCACGCUACAUCGGAACAUCCAAUGGCUUCUCCGAUACAUUGUCACAGCCCGAGGAAAGCCACAGGCUUAUAUCUGAAUCGAACGGACUAGAUGAUGAUGGCGAUGCGAUCAUUGAGAUGGAUGUGCUACCCCCGCGCUGGGUCGAUGUACAGGAAGAGGUGACCGAGCUACUUGCUGACAUUGCGCAAAAGUCCGCCCAAUUAGAUAAGCUACACCAGAAGCAUCUUCUACCAGGGUUUGGGGAUGAGGAAGCCCGGAAACAAGAAGAGAGCGUUAUUGAGAAGCUCACGCAAGAGAUCACUCGCUCUUUCCAUGAAUGUCAAAAGGCGGUCCAGAAGAUUGAGGCUAUGGUCCGCGACGCCAAACAACAGGGUGGUGUAAGCAGCGGGGACGAAACCAUGGCGAAAAAUAUUCAGAUAUCCCUUGCCGCACGGGUCCAGGAGGCUAGUGCUCGGUUCAGGAAGAAACAAAGCACAUACUUGAAGAAAUUGCGUGGCCUAGAGGGUGCAGCGAAUCCUUUCGAACGAUCCCCAACACCCGUGCAAAACCCCUAUACAGAUCCCUCCCUAAUGGAAUCAGAUGCGGACAAGUCGUUCUCGCAGUCAACCCUCAUGCAAACAUCACAGCGACUCCUAGGGGAAAACGAUGCCGCUAUCAUGCAGCGAGAACGGGAAAUCAAUGAUAUUGCCAAAGGAAUUAUUGAGCUAUCAGACAUAUUCCGCGAACUGCAAGCAAUGGUCAUCGACCAAGGUACCAUGCUGGACCGAAUAGAUUAUAAUGUCGAACGAAUGAAUACGGAAGUCAAAGCAGCGGAUAAGGAACUCAAGGUGGCCACUAAUUACCAGCGGCGUACAACAAAGCGCAAAAUCCUUCUUCUAUUGGUUAUUAUUGUCGCAGGAUUGUUUAUUAUACUACUGGUUAAACCAAAGCGACAUACUAGUAGCUCGCCGGCGCCUGCUCCAGACCGUCCACAGCAACCUCCUCAAUCGAACGAACAGCCACCUGUUAUCUUUCCCCGAGCAUUUGAAACCGUCUAUAGACGAAAGAAGCGCCCCUCUUCGGCCCAAGCCGCAAGACGGAAAUGGGCUGAUCCUGACAUACAUCGAUAGCUCUCGCC